AUGCUCCUUUUUAACUGGGUUUGCAUCAUUAUUACUAGUUUAAUGAUGGACAUGCAGUUGCUGACUAUUCUUUUGAUCAUAUCAGUACUCUAUGUCUGGACCCAUUUGAAGAGAGAAAUGAUUGUUAUCAUUUCGGUUUGGAACACUAACGCUUAUUAUUUGCCUUGGGUCAUUCUUGUAUUCAACUACAUUACUGGAGGAUUGCUUUUCAAUGAACUGAUAAGAAAUCUUGUUGAACAUCUAUAUUACUUCUUAAUGUUCAAAUACCCAAUUGAUUUGGGAGGGAUAAUUUUUUUGUAUACCCCUCAGUGUCUGUACCCCUGGCAUUCCAGUAGGAGAGGAACCAUCUCUAGAUUUGGUGUUCCACCUUCAAGCAUGAGAUGA